AGCCGGGAAGGAAUAGUGGUGGGAAGCUCCAAGCGGCGAUUGCGCUUGGUCGCAGCCCCUGGCACCAUGUCCCGUGUAUCAGUGCCCUGUCAUGUGAAAGGCACUGUAGCUCUUCAAGUGGGCGAUGUGCGGACAUCCCAAGGUCGACCUGGUGUACUGGUCAUCGAUGUCACCUUUCCCAGCGUUGCGCCUUUCGAGUUGCAGGAGAUCACAUUUAAGAAUUACUAUACAGCCUUUUUGAGCAUCCGUGUCCGUCAGCAUACCACAAUGCACACAUCAAGCAAAUGGGUGACCUGUCUGCGGGACUACUGUCUGAUGCCUGACCCACACAGUGAGGAGGGAGCCCAGGAUUAUGUAUCGCUGUUCAAGCACCAGAUGCUGUGUGACAUGGCCAAAGUACUGGAGCUUCGUCUGAUUCUGCGGCAGCCAUCACCACUGUGGCUGUCUUUCACAGUGGAGGAGCUUCAAAUUUACCAACAAGGACCAAAGAGCCCCUCCAAGACCUUCCCCAAGUGGCUCUCCCACCCAGUAUCCUGUGAGCCGCCUGCCCCACUCCUUGAGGGUCUUCCAGACCCCAGCAGCGUUUCCUCGGAGGUGCAGCAGAUGUGGGCACUGACGGAGAUGAUCCGGGCCAAUCACACCUCCACGAGGAUCGGCCGCUUUGAUGUGAGUGAUCCUUUCCCUCUGCUUGGUUUGCAUCGCCCUGAGUAGGUCUGAACUGAUUGUCUUUUGUGUUGCAGGUGGAUGGCUGUUAUGACCUGAACCUGCUCUCUUACACUUGAGUGGUGGCUCCCAUCUGAAACAUUGGCCUUCUGUGCCCAUGCAGGCUUGGUUUGGGCAACAAGAGACUGAAGCGUGUUUCCUGUGCAUUCCAAGUUUUGCCUGAUUGCCUGUUCUUUCUGGGCCGCAUUCACAGAUUCAAAAUACUCUGGGCUCACCUAGUUACUUCAGCAUGAAUUCCUGGCAGGGGCGCACCUUGUCUUUGCCUGGCCGCAAUGCAAUUUCAUCUCCUACCUUAAAAAUACUCCAGUUCUAUUUACUAAGAAUUCUUGAGCCCUCUGCCCCUCCAUGCACACCCAAUCUUCUGCUGGUUGCCCCAUCCUGAGUGCAGUGGGUUGGGCUGGACCUGUUCCAUUUAACCCUAAGAAAGCCACUGCUGCCUUGGCAUGAAGACUGGGAAGCUUGAGGAAGAGAUGCCCUGGUCUUCUUCUGCUCCCCCUAGUGGCCUUUUUUCCUUUGUUAUGCCCACAAAAAGAAAUUUCCUGUUUAAACUCUUCUGCCUACCUAGGAGGUAAAGCCCGGGAUUUGAAUAACCCAAGUCCCUAGGACCCUGAGCUGGCUCCUGAAUGUGUGCUCUGUUGGGCCUAGGCAGGUGCUUCUGGUAGUACUGAGGUCUAAAAAUGAAACUUCUAAUCUGUCUGUCAUCUGACACAGCCUAAAGCACAUCCAUUUCUGUUCUCUGUUGCUUCUUCCCAGUCGUGCUCAGAGAUCAACUUUGGUGGGGGAGUGGGUCCAAGUGAAGGUUCUCACUGGUGCAUUUUGAGAGACUGAGGUUCUCCAUAAUCCCAGGCCAUCUAUGAUGCAGGAUAGUCUUCCUGUGAUAAAAUUCUGCUUCCUUCUGGCUUUGUUCCUGGAGCUAUUAUGAAGCAGUGCUGCAAAGUAUCUCAGACCUGGAAAAUUGGGCAGGUGUAUGCUAGAGUUUUCUGGCAGAAGUUCAGUCACUUUUUUUUUGGUGGAACUGGGGUUUGAACUUAGGGCUUCCAGCUCGAAAAACAGGAGCUCUACCACUUGAGCCACACCUCUAGUCC